GCUUAGUAGUGCUGUGAUAUGAAUUUAAGGAACAAACAUGGAACAAAACGCAAUGGAUCCACAGGAAUUAGUGCCUUUGGAAGCGGGAAUCCAUGUCCCUAGGGUGCGUCGCACAAGGCCCUGCAAUCUCGCAAACAGAAACUGUUUCAAGGGUCCGAUCAGACUGUGCCGGCUGAUCGCUCUCAUAAUAUUCCUGCCCAGCUUGUUCUUACUCGUGCCGAUGUACUUGAGGUACAAAGUGUUCAGCGGACAAAUGUAUCCGAUGAGCAUGACGGACAUGAGGCUCAUUGACAGCAAAAUCUCCCCCACAUGGUGUCAGCGUCAAGUGGUCCGUUCAAAUGCGACGUUCAACGCGUUCGUGGUACCAGGGCAGCCGCACUUCACCGAAGACCUAGUGCCGGUGUCGAUGACCAGAGAACUUGAGCUUCAGGACGACAUGAAGGAAUAUUGGGGCUUUUAUCUAUUGAAAGGGUCUACUGUUACUGUUUCUGCAUGUGUAAGCUAUCCAGGAGCUUCACUAAUAAUGAUAAAAGGAUACAAACACCUACAAGAGUGCGCGUAUAUUGGAGACGACUCCUCGGAAGAAGUCGACGAGCUGCUAGAAGCAAAUAGACGAGGUCUGCUGAGCGACACUAUGAUGAAGGAAAAGCUUCAAGAACUGCAGAAGAUUGAUGGAAAAGCUAAUCAGCCUGGAGCAAUGAAACGCCACAAGUCAGGCGUGAGUUUCCACGAUCCCAGCAACACCGGGAACGUGACGUCAUCAGACACCGUGCCGACUGUAGACGUCACCGAUCAAGAUCCAAAUGAGCUCAGAGCCAUCUUGGAGCAUUUGCACGCAUUGCGCGAAGCUGCGAAGGAGGAGUCACUGAAGCACUACAAACCUCCGUCGCACCUCGAGGCGGUACCAGGGCUUCAUAGACAUAGAGACACUAAUGUUGAUAAAGAUGAACGCCAGUGGCUGUCGUUUAAAGGCAUAGAUGCAAACAGCAGUGAUCAUUCAAUUGAAACCAAUACUGUUCUUGUAAAGACUACAACUACGGAGCAUCCAAAAUCGCCUGAAACUUCAAUUAUAGAAAUAGAUAAAUUUAAAAAUAAAGAAUUGAAUAAAGCUAUAGAUGUCAAAGACAAUACUAUUGAGAUUAAAAAUGAAAAAGAAGAAGGCAUUGGUGAAGUGACAGAAGAAAAAAGACCAGAAAACAUUAAUUCUACGACUACGGUAGCGGCAAGCGUGGAACAGGUUACGGAGGUCGAGACGGCAACAGACGAAACGAACUCCAGAGAAGUGUUCGAAGACGUACUGAAGAGAUUGCAAGCUCUCGGGGAUAAGGGAAAGAAAGUGCUAGUGAAGUUACACCAAUCUAUGGGAGUACCUUAUCUAGAAGGGCCAAUAACUACAGAAGACAGUAUCAUGGCAGCUGUAUCAGGCAGUGAUGAAGAACUCGAUCGACUCAGAAAAGUGCUGGUCGAGGCUAUAGAUGAAGCGAAGACCAAGUCAAGCAGACAGCAAAAAAGACAUGAAGCUAGAAUGGCAGCGAGAGCUAAAAGGGAACUGAUGCUAGGCCAAAUCGAGCUGACCAAACAGCUGAAUGAAGAUGAUGAGCCAAGAAACCACGCUGGUGAAGAAGACCUAAAACCAGAUAGUUUUGCAGACGACCACAAAAAGGUGAACGAAACAACUCCUUUUGAUAUGAGUAAAUCAGAGUUCUGGUCUUCGUUCUCAAGCAGCGAGGAGGCACUGCUGGAGUGUGAAGGAUUGAUCCUGAAUCUGCCGCUGACGCCGCAUGGGGGAUGCAAUCGAAACGCUGGAGAUCAGGAGAGUUUUGCUGCUGCAAGAGCUAAUGCUCUUACUUACAGAGUCCCAGCAAAUGGCUACUACUUCUUCGUAUUCAAUUCAGAGAACGAGGUGCAGACCAAUUACAUCCGAGCUCGGUUCGAUCUGCAGAAGACAAGAUACGACGUCGCUAAAACAAAACUACGCGAGUGCACCAACAGCACCGAACGAUGUGAUUUAUCUUUGGACAUUUUUUCCAGUCAAAAGGUAGUCCUUGAGCUUCCUCUACGUGACAACGACAGCCUAUGGAACGAGCAGUUUGUCAUCAUAACCGAAUGUGAGCCCCGCACUUCAAUAUAUCUAGUUUGCGUUAUUACUGUACCUGUAUUGAUUAUAAUGUUUGCUUUUCAAUAGUAGAAACUAAAACCUCUUCAUUGAAGAAGGAUUGUGAUACUUUUGCGAUUGAUUUUAUAAAAGACUGCACAAGACAAUGACUGGUAACUUUGAUUUGAUGAUUUUAACAGAGUAAAAUACCUUACCCGUCUUGAAUGAUGAGUUACUCUCUACUCGAACUUAUUUUAUCCCCAAAAGCGGCAGUCCCUAUAAUAUUGGGGUUGGAAUUGAAAUAUGUGGUCAUUGUUAACAAUUCUUACAUCGCUUCUAAGAAGAAAGUUUUGGCUAUACUCUCCGCUUCGCUGGCCCAAUGAGGGUUGAGAACUUCAUAUACUUUUCAUGGGUUACAAACCUUCUAAAGAUGCGGGUUGGGAACUUCACAUACGUUUCAAGGGUUAUAAACCUUCUAAAAAUGCAGAUUUCAUAUUAUCCUUCACCGUCAGCGAGAAACAUCUUUACAAGUUAUUAGUUACAAGGACCGAAAAGAUCUUAUCACUUGCUAUUCUUGACAGUAAAUAGAUGAAGAUCCUCUAAGCCGUGGUAGCCUAACGAUUUUACUUAUUGCUACUCAAGCAGAAGGUGCGGGUUCGAAUCAGGGCUUACACCUCUGUGCUUUUCGAAACUUAUGUGCAAAAUUUGAUUUGAAAUUAGAAAACCUGCACGCAACUGCAAAGCAACUAAUGAAGUGUAUGACGUUUACAACCCUCAUUGGGCCCGCGUGGUAACUAUAGCUGAAGCUCCUCUCAUUGGUAGAGAAGGCCUGUCCCCAACAUUGGGACUAUACAUAGGCUGACUAUUUUUAGGUGAAGAACUCCCCUUAAACCUAUUAAACAACGUAAGGAUCCUCGAUUACCAGGGGUUCGUUAGAUGAUCAUACAAGAAAUUCUCUAGCAAUCCCCUGAAGAUCUAUAAUGUUUUUCUGUAUAGGCGACGAAUUAUAAAGUAUCCAUAAUAAUAUAAUGUAUAUAUAAAUAUCGUACAGUGAUAUUGAAAAGACAAAUUUAUAUUUAAAUUUUAUAGACAAUAUUUAAAUUUUUAAUAUCGCUAGAAAUUUU